GUGUUUGUGGUCAUUCUAGAUCACCAACAACUAGAAGAUGUGCUUAUGACUGGAACCAAACCUUUUCCAAUGAUGAUCAGAGACAUUGUCAUCGUUCGCCAUCCUGUGUCUGUGUGUGUACCUGUCAAUCAUCAGGUGACUCUCAGAGUCCGUGCUGAGGGCACAGGUGUAUUAAAUUACCAGUGGUUCACUGAUGAUGAAACAGAGGUACCUGGUGGCACCCAAGCAGACCUUACCAUCACACCUCAAAGAACUCAGCUCUAUGUGUGCAGAGUCAAUGACCAUUUUUGUAACUGUGUGUUCAGUGACUGGGUGAAAGUGAAGGUGUUGGACAUUGAUAAAUCAGGGUUGCCGUUACACUGGCAGGGUGAGCUCCACAUUGCUAUCAACCCUAAAUCCCAAACGGUUCGUCCUGGUGCCAAACUUACUCUCUGCUGUUCUGCCUUUGGAAUCCCUGCUCCUCGCUAUCAGUGGUACAGAAAUGGACAGGCACUGCAUGACAAGACUAGUGACACACUGCAGAUUGACCAUGCAGCAGCUGCACAUAAAGGAUCAUACCUGUGCUCAGUUUCUAAUGUGCUAGAAGAGAGAUGGUCUGAACCGGCCGAUGUUGACAUUGUGCAAAUUGUUCAACAGCCUCCUACAGCGCCCACAGCUUCUGAUAAAGUUGCCUUACUCAUUGGUAACUUGAAUUACGCAAACCAUCCUGGCUUGAUGGCACCCGUUAUGGAUGUACAUGAGCUGUCCAACCUCCUGCAGCAGCUUGGCUUCAGAGUGGUUUCCCUUCUGGAUCUCACCAGGGAUGAGAUGCUGGCUGCUAUUGACAAGUUCAUUCAACUCCUUGACAGAGGGGUUUAUGGCCUUUUCUACUAUGCAGGCCAUGGGUAUGAGCGUGCUGGGAGGAAUUACUUGGUAGCUGUUGAUGCUCCACAACCAUAUCGACCUGAAAACUGUGUCUGUGUGCAGAGGAUUAUGCACAGCAUGCAGGAAAGACGAACAGCACUGAGUGUAAUCCUCUUGGAUACCUGUAGAAAAUGGUACAACCGAUGCAUACCUUCAGCCAUCAUGCCCUUGCAACCCAGUGGAAAUAAUGUUUAUGGUUAUGCCACAUGUGAAGAUGCUGAGGCUUUUGAGGUCCAGGAUGGUGGAAAAAGUACCGGAAUUUUCACUAAGUACCUGAACAAGUACAUCCUAUUGCCUGAGAAAGUCACACAUGUGUUGGAGAAGGUGUCUGAGGAUCUAGGCAGAGACCCUCUGGUCACAGGCAAGCAAGCAGUAGAGAUCAAACACACCCUGAAGGAACCCCGUUCACUUGCAGAUCCAGUCCCAACCGCCGGUCACACAAGGGAACUACACCUGCGAGACGUCUGUUGGAGGCAAGCAAAUGAGCUACCAAGGCAAAAACGACUGAAGUUUCUUUGUGGAGUAGAAGUGGAAGUCAGCUUCUCAGCUUUAUUUUCCAAUGUCAUGUUGGCUUUUGCAUCUGUGAAGAAAACAGGCCCUCGAACCCAGGACUGCACCGUCACUCUGAGUAGCAUACCUCCAAUGGAGGAUAUAUUUUCAGGACCUGGAAGGUCAGAGGAUAUGGACAGUCUUCUGUUCAAGGAAUCUGAAAACCCAGAUUCUACUUUGCAACUCUGUGCUCUUCAGAAACUGAAGGAAUCACUAGUCAUCAAGGUGGAUCUACACUAUACACAUACGGACAAUAAGAUGCGCCAGACAGAAAGCCAACAGUUGGACAUUGGAAAGCCUCUGGUGGCAUCCUGUAAACUGUACAAGAGAAAUCAUGGAGCAGCUGCCAAGAAACAACAAAGCGCUUCUCCCCAAAGCAUGGGUAACAUCGCACGCAGCAAACCACCGUUACACCAGACCCAGGCUGGUCCAGGUCGGCCAUUUACAAGAAAGGCAGAAUGUGCUGCAAAAGCUGCAGUUUGGAGGCGCAAUGAACCAGAGGAGAAUGAUGAAAAUGAACUGCACAGCUUCACUCUUCAGCAUUAGAUUUUUCUGGUCCUAUUACUGUAUUUACCAGUACCUAAUCAUGCAUCGACUUUGUUGCAAUGGAUGAAUGAAUGAAGAAUGAGUGAAUGAUAUUUGUGCUUUUGUGAUUGGUUUGAGAAAGCAACUUAAAAUUUUUAGCUCAACACUUAUGAAACAUUAACACUUACUUUUGCUAACCAGUGAUUUUCAGAAUAAAUGUAAUAAUGAAAAGAUGACACUUUUGUAUCUGGCAAGCUGGCUGGCCUAGACAAUUACUGUCAAUAAUUUAUCAAAUAAAGACUACUACUUUAUCAUUA